UAUUUGGUGAAAUUAGCAGUUGGCGGUGCUGUUGGUACCGGUGCCUAUGUUAAUGAUGAUGGUGUUGAUGAUAUUUGUAAUGAUGAUGGGGAUAUUAACGGCAGUUGUGAGGUGAAUGGUGAUCGUGGGGAUGAGGAUAGUGGAUGUGAUGCUGGCUGGGGUAGCGGUAAUGAUGUUGCUGAUAGUGAAAUUGAUAUUGUCUGUGUUCGUGGUAGUAGUGGUGACCAUCAGUGUGGUGUUGCCGGUAGUGGGUGUGAUAUUGGUUUUGCUCGCGGUCAUGAUGGUGGUUGUGGUUGUGGUAGUGGCAAUAGAGAUCAUGUUCGUUGGACUGUGUGUGUUAGUGAGAAAACUGACUUUCUGGAUGUAACCACGUUUCACUUGGUAUUUAUUCCUGUUUUCUUCUGCUUCACAUGCAUCUGGGCUCGCAUACAAUCUAGCCUCCCAUAG